GGUUGAUCAUUUGUAAUUUAAUAAGUGAUAUAAAACAACGAGGCGGGGGGGGGGGAAGGGAGAGUGCGAGCAACAGCGAUGCAGUGAUUACCGGUGAACAGGCGAUGGCUGGACGGAUGUCCAGUGAGGAACGUGAGACGAGUACGCCGAGAAAUGUUCAUAACCUAUCGCGGCAGAUCACGUCUACGUCAACGUCCACGUCCGAGCCGACGAGUAACGACGUGGCCAAGGACAGGCUGGCUAUAGAAGAACGAUUAGCCGCCAAGAUGUUCUCCUAUGAAAUUAUUUGUUUUUUCCUCGUGAUAACUUGUACUGCAUUGGCUGCUCUGCAUAGCUCGCCUCCUAAAGUUUCCAGACCACCUAUAGCAAAACCCUUUUUUGAUCAAAACUCGGUAGUCCUAGAUUUUUAUAAGGGUCAUUUGGGCGCGAUGAUCGAAAGAGUAACACAGGCUGACUUCAGUUUUGUCAUGUACUAUGCUCCUUGGGAUGCAGAGAGUCAAGCGCUCCGACAUGAGUUUGAAAGUGUCGCUCGGUUCUAUCAUCCACAGAUAUUUUUCGCAGCUAUUAAUUGUUGGCAUCCCGAUUCAGAAUGCAGAGCACAGUAUAAUAAAAUCCAUGGUUAUCCAGUGUUAAUGUUAUAUCCAGCCAGAGAUUCUGGUAUUAAUUACAGAGGAAUUCGCACUGCGCCGUACAUGAUCCGUUUUUUGGAUGCGCUCAUGAAUCCCAUUAUCAGAAUAACACAUAAAGAACAAUUGAUGGAAUUGUUAAUUGCAUAUGACGCAGUAGUCGUAGGAUAUUUUAAUUUUACACGGCUGGAUAGAACUCCUGGAUACAGGGAGUUCUACAAGGCCGCGAUACGAUCGCUGGAAAGAGAUCCUAAUAGAGAAUUGGUAUUUGCCAUAGUGACCAGCGCGUCGUCCAGCGAAUCGCACUAUGGGAUUUACAAAUUUCCAUCGGCGAGCUUGCAUAUGUGGAAUGAAUCCUUAAAUUAUCCGGAAGACGAGUGGACGUCGGAGAACAUACUUAAUUGGAUCAGCAGUUCUAUCCAUCAACCGUCCCUCUGGCUACAGCCGCCCGGUGUCAAAGCGCUCACUCUUGCACCGUAUUUACGCGAGGGGCCGGUCUUAUUUCUCUUCACACCGCGAAAUCCUUUCCACGUGGAAAAUUAUAUUUAUAACCUAGUAAGAGAAAUUGGCCUGCAAUAUUACAACUGUGCAGACAAUGUGUUAGUGAAAGAUAUAGUCGCGCAUCUGGAGGCGAAACGACACACGGCAGUGGACCGGCAUUUUUCUAAGAAUCAGGAAUGCGCCGACCUCUUAAACGAGAACAGAUCUCACAUUGAACGUGAGAAGGAAUCAGUUACCAGUAUAUCGAUUCAACAAUGGAUCAACGAGAGUUGUUGCGCAAAUGUAGCAAUGAACAAGUGUUCCUUAUGCAAGACGAAGAUGAUGAAUCCGUUAGAGAAGGAGAUCUGUGUGACUGUUUCUAGACAAUUUGACAGCGUUUGCAAAAAUAUUGACAUAUUUACUAUGCCCGUUGGAAAAUGCGGGCAACAAAUAUAUAAUUCUAACAAAAGAUAUGUGAGAGUACGAGACGAGUCAAAAUUGCAAAGGGUUCAUGUAGUAGAUGCGAGGCAAACAUCAUUAUUGAAAGGAAAGAAUGAUCCACGAUCCGCGAGUAUGGUAAGGAGAGACUUCUUGAGAGAACAUUGCAGAAGAUGGCUAGCUGGGAACGAUUAUCAUUCAUCGUUGUUCCCGCGAGAUUCUCCGAGACAAUUUAACAUCAGCUUGAAAGAGUCGGUUUGCAAGACCAACAAGACGCUAGCUUUGAUAGCCAUUGACAGUUUGCGUUAUUUCCACUUUGCUGAACGUCUUGGGAUCGAUCUGUUUAAACGGAGGAAUAAAACCACCGUUGUCAUCUUGGACGCUGCACUGGAAAGUCAAUACAUUAUGCAUCGUGAUUUCAGCGAGUACGCUCUUGUCGAUUUCAUAAACAACUAUACGCAAGGUCUGCUGGAGCGAACACUGCGCUCGGACAACUCCCAACAUUACAAAACGCAGAAGUCGCCUAACGAGGAGAACCGCAGUAAUGUAGACUCGAGUCCGAAAAUUCGCGUACCAGAACUGAAGGCGGAAACAUUUUUGGACACGAUCUUAGAUCCGUCUAAGGACGUCGUUGUAAUGUACCAUUCUCCUUAUUGCGGAUUUUGUGGCGCUAUAUCGUACGUAUACUUAACAGUAGCGUAUUAUUUAGCCAACAUGGACCACCUCAUUUUUGUAAGAAUUGAUGGAGAUAACAACGAUUUACCCUGGGAAUAUAACAUGAAUCGCUUUCCGUCCAUCUUAUUUUUUCCCGCGCGGAGGAAAGAGGACAGUACUGUAUUCCCAUUUUCUGUUCCUAUUACUAUUCCAAACCUGCUGAAUUUCGUGCUGGCAAACUUGGACGGUGAUUCCCACGUGGAGGCUCUGAUCAAUGUGUGUCAGGCAGGCACCGGUGAAUCGCCAGAUAAAUGUAUUGCCAGGACUCGAUGGCUGUGCUUAGAUAUUAUCGAACAACUCCUGCGGGAUUACAGGAAGUUGAGGCGACAUUCAAGCUUCUUAAAUAAAAAAAUCACGCGCAAUAAGCGCAAGAUAAUUCUUCUAAAAUUAGAACAUAUCAAGGACAUUCAUUUUAUUUUGGGGUCUACCGUUGAUCUGGGCAAAGAUCGAAGAAAAGUGCAACUGAUUAGAAGAAAGUUUCGUAAAUAUUACAGUGUUACUAGGUCGUUAGACACGGGUGAUAAGAUAUGGCGUCAGGAAUCUCAGAAUACUACACGUAUGCCAACUGAUAUUAAGCAAAAACCCAUAAGGAGCGAAUUAUGAUAUAGAUUUCGCUUUAUAAAUGUUGGCUAAGGUGUUACAGCCAAGCAACGAUAGACUAAUAUUUUGGGAUACUCUCAACGUUUCAGUCAACGAAUCGAUGCCAAAUCGUAAAGAAAAAUAUAUUUUCUCCUUCGGCUAUCUUUCUCUUCGCAGGUAGAAAAAUCAUUAGUUGAUGAAAAGAAAUCAUUUGGAACUGAUAAGUUUAGAGCUGGCCUAGUUGAUAAAUUAUGCGUGGAAAUAAUAUCGGAUAUGUUAAGAAAAAUUUAGUUUACUGGAUUGUAUAUAAAAUGCAAAAACAUUUUUUAGUGUUCUUAUACGUAAAAAUUACAGAUACCGGAUCUUAGAUACAUGAUCUAAUGAUCUAUCUAAUUUUUCAGCUCUAAUCACAUCAGUUCGGGGAAUUAUAAUUUAAACUUAAACUACUUUGUAUUAUUUGAAUGAUCGAUUAUGGAAAUGUUGAAUGUGCUUUUGACAAAAGAAGUAUUCCGGAUGAAGAUCUGGAAUUCAUUAAGAUGCCGAACAGUCAGUUUUUACAAUGGUUUACUUCACUUUAUUACUUGCCUCGAAUGUACAUAACUUUAUAUGAAGUAAGCCGUUGUAAAAUAGUUGUUUCCGAAUUUUUACUUUUUUUUUAUAGCAUGGUAUCUAUAUCCAAAUUAUAUGACAAGACAAUAUAUAUAUGCGAUUAUACGAAUUUCGUGCAACGAUUUGAGAAAAGAAAUCAAAAGUUGCAAGGAAAACAGAAUAAAUAUUUAUGGUAAAAAUUCAAUACAAUAGCCAUCAAGAGACUUUAUACGUGAGAAAAUGAGAAUCUUUUGUCAAAAAUAACGAAGUCAAGAAACUAUUAUAAUUUACUCCUUCCUCUUUCUAUACAGUGCAUCCACUAAUGAUGCAAUAACGUUUGUAUAUUUCUGUACAUAUUAUAUAGAUGAGAGAAAGAGAUUUAUAUAAAGAUAGUAAAUUUAAAAUACGUACGUUUGUGUACAUAUAUUGUUCAUAUA